AUAAAAUAAUUAGAACAAAGUGGAAAGUGAUGCAAUAAUUGUCGAAAAUAAUAAAAGUGGAGUGAUUUUGUGUAAAAAAAUAAUAACGAAUCAAUAUUUUAUUAAUUUAUUAGUAUUAGAAGACGUAGGAAAUAAAUUUAGGUAAUGGCAACCACAGCAGUACCCAGUACCAGCACGGCUAACAUGCCGACUUCAAAUGUUGAAGAAAAAGAUGAACUUAAAAAUGAAAAUAAGGAAAAAGAUGAUGUUAAAAAACCGAAUGAGAAAUUAGAUGGUGAUGCUGCCGAUGGUGAUAAGGAUAAAAAGGAUGAUCAGAUGUUCGAGUGUAAUAUUUGUUUGGAUACUGCUAAAGAUGCUGUCGUCAGCUUGUGUGGACAUCUAUUCUGCUGGCCCUGCAUUCAUACAUGGUUGCAAACUCGGCCCAACAGACAAGUCUGUCCUGUAUGCAAAGCCGCAAUCAGUAAAGACAAAGUAAUUCCUUUAUACGGAAGAGGAAGCACAAAACAGGAAGAUCCACGCAAUAAGGUUCCUCCAAGGCCUGCAGGUCAAAGAACGGAACCAGAAGCAGGGUCUAAUUUUCCUGGUUUUGGUUUUGGUGAUGGAGGAUUUCACAUGUCUUUUGGUAUUGGUGCUUUUCCUUUUGGAUUUUUCACAUCUACAUUCAAUUUUGGAGAACCAAGACCUAGUGCAGCGCCAAGAGGAACACCACAAUUCGAAGAGGAGCAAUUUCUUUCCAAAAUUUUCUUAUGGGUUGCAAUCAUCUUCAUCGUCUGGUUACUGAUAGCCUAGCAGAUCGAUAAGUAAGGAUGAGACUCCUGAAGUUCGAGAACUAUUCUGGCACUUCUUGACUGUAUGUUAUUCAUAAUUAAAUAUAAACAAUAACAUAUUUUGUAUAAUCCAUAAUUUAGUUUAAUAUUAUAUGUAUAUAUCAAAAUAUCUGUAGAAGAUGGUUCAAUCAAUAAUAAU